CCCCUCCUGACCCGGAAGCGCUGGGGGAGGCUCACCCAAUAGGAAAGCGCCUCCCCGCCGAAUCCUUUGAAAGGGGCCGCGAGGCGGCGGAAGUGGAGAAGGUUCCUUCCGGCGCUCAGAUCCAACAAGAUGUCUGGUCCCAGCCCUCAAGGUCACAACUGGAGCCAGAAGUCAGAAGACGAGGAGGAUCCCUUGGAUCAAAUGAUCUUGCGCACUGGCUGUGCCACUUGCCAUUAUGCGGUGCAGGAGUGCAUGGCCGAACACCAGGACUGGAGGAAGUGUCAGCCGCAGGUACAGGCCUUCAAGGACUGCAUGAAGGAACAUCAGAAGCAACGAAUGGAGGAACUGCAGAAGAGGCAAAUGUUAGCCCAGGCCAAGAGCUGAUAGAAAAGACUCAAGCUUGAAGCUCAAGACAUCCAAGAGUCUAACUCAGCCAGAGCAUGGAGAAUUUAACUUCUGAGAAGUAUCCUGCUGAAUCAAAGAGGGAUAAAACCUACUCCCUCUUGGGACUUGGCACGUGCAUUAAGGGGACUGAUCAUAGUAAUCAGGAUGGGAGUGACUUUGCUGAUGAUGUGUCACUGAAUAUUUUUUUAUAUUGGAAAUGUCAUGUA